UCAUAGGGCACAGGAAUUAAAAGUGGUGGAGCGCCAUGCUCUUCUGGACUAGAACUUAAACACUGAGUGGUGUCAUUUUCACAAAAACUGCUUCAUAUUUUAUAGUGAGGAGACUUUAUAAGUAAAAAUCUUCCAGAAGAUUUUAUGUGGUUUUGUCAAUCAACUUAGAUGUUUGGAAUUUGGAUUGCUGCACUCUUGUUCCUUAGCACGUCAACAGGAAAAGAAGUUUGCUAUGAAAGGGUGGGGUGCUUUAGAGAUGGUUUACCAUGGACGGGGACUUUGUCAAGGGAGCUGGCAGGUUUACCCUGGUCUCCAGAGGAGAUAAACACUCGCUUUCUGCUCUACACUAGACGAAAUCCCAGAGCCUAUCAGGAGAUCAGUGCGGUUAACUAUUUAACUAUCCAAGCCUCGCACUUCAGAACAGACAAGAUCACCCGUAUCAACAUAGCUGGAUGGAAAACAGAUGGCAAAUGGCAGCAAGUGAUGUGUAAUGUGUUGCUGAAAGUGGAAGAUGUGAACUGCAUUAAUUUAGACUGGAUUAACGGUUCGCUGGAAUAUAUCCAUGCCGUAAACAAUCUCCGAGUGGUUGGUGCAGAGGUGGCUUAUUUUAUUGAUGUUCUUGUGAAAAAAUUCGGAUAUUCCCCUUCUAAAGUGCACCUGAUUGGCCACAGUUUGGGAGCUCACCUGGCUGGGGAAGCUGGGUCAAGGAUGCCAGGCCUUGGAAGGAUAACCGGGUUGGACCCAGCGGGGCCGUAUUUCCACAACACUCCGAAAGAAGUCAGGCUGGACCCCUCAGACGCCAACUUCGUUGAUGUUAUUCAUACAAAUGCAGUUCGCCUCCUCUUCGAACUUGGUGCCGGAACUAUCAAUGCUUGUGGUCAUCUUGACUUUUAUCCAAAUGGAGGGAAGCACAUGCCAGGAUGUGAAGACUUAAUUACGCCUUUAUUUAAAUUUGAUUUCAAUGCUUACAAGGAAGAAGUGACUUCCUUCUUUGAUUGCAACCAUGCCCGAAGUCAUCGCUUUUAUACUGAAAGCAUCCUUGAUCCUGAUGCCUUUAUUGCUUAUCCUUGUAGAUCCUACGAAUCUUUUAAAGCAGGAAAUUGCCUCCAUUGUCCCAAAGAAGGUUGUCCAACAAUGGGUCAUUUUGCUGAUAGAUUUCAUGUCAAAAGUAGGAAGCCUAAUAGAUCAUAUUAUUUUUUAAACACAGGGGCUCUUUCCCCAUUUGCCCGUUGGAGGCACAAAUUGUCUGUUAAACUCAGUGGAAACAAUAUCACUCAAGGGAGCAUAUUUCUCCGUGUAGGUGGAGCGACUGGGGGAACAGAAGAGUUUGUGAUGGCCAGUGGAACACUUAAUCCAGGCAUGACUUACACAAAAUUAAUUGAUACUGAAGUUAACAUUGGAAACAUUACAAAUAUCGAGUUCAUUUGGAAGGAACAUUCAUUUGGACAUUCUCAGAAUAAGUUGGGAGCAGAAAUGGUGACAGAUGUAUCUGGAAAAUAUGGAUAUGAAUCUACCUUCUGUAGUCAAGACAUUAUGAGACCUAAUAUUGCCCAAAUCCUGAAACAGUGCUAAUCUCAGAUAUAGUUUUGAUGGACUUAUUCAGUGGAAGCAAUGGAAAAAGACUUUCCUUCCAGUUGGUAUCCAGACCACACUUGGCCUCUGUAAAUGAGAGAAAAGUACAGUUGUUUUUUCUGUCUAGAAUAUUUUUAUCAUUGGUAAACUUUUUAUGUAUCUUAAAAACAGACAGCCCUGGCGUGGAGUACAGUACUGUGAUCUAUAGGAAUCUGGAUAUCAGGGACAAAAUAGAGCUGCGUUGGAAUUACCCUAAAUAAGAGGAGGGGAUGCAAAUUACAGCAGUGUAAACCCACCGGGCAAAAGGGAGACUCUGUCUGGUUAGUUUCUGAAGUACCUUUUGAGUAUUUCCAGGUAGAAUAAUCAUUGUUCUAAAAUGAUUGAAAGAAUAUUUAUUACGUUGUACUAUCUUGCUAAGACAAAUUAUGGCUAUAGUUCAUGAUGUAUAGUACAUUAUAACCCUGUGGGUUGAUACUUCUAUCUGUUAAUAAUGAAAACUUAUAUGAGUACAUUAGUAUUUCAGAGGCACUCCUUGGUCUUCAGGGCGUGUGUGAGGUAAGAGAGAUUUUGGAGCUUAUCUAUGCUGUUCAUCAGUUAGCAAUGGGUCCUGGGCAUCACCAGCCCCUUCUUCCAGAAGCCCCCUGCCACAGGGGAAGUACUCAGCUCCCUGGGCCUUGAAGUCCCCCUUGCACAUUUGUAUUUAGCCUAAAGGAAGCAUUUCAUUUGUAAAGCACUUGACUAACGCUUUGUGUUUGCAAUAAAAAUUUUGUAAUAUUUAAAUGUG